GUAUGUGGCGUUGUUCGGGCGAGCCGACGACGAGACUGGAGCUGUCUGGAAAUUUGUCUCGUGGGUUGAACUGAAACGCAUUCCUCGUAUCAGACAUUCUUGUACGUCCGUAGAGUUGCUCGUUGCACAUUUCAACACACGCCACUGUUAAUUUUCGGAAUUAUACUGGAGAAUGGCUGCCGCUGAGGUGAACGGUAGUUCAGCCCCGGUAAAGGAGGAAGAAGAGCCCAUGGAUGUGACCGCAACACACUCAGAAAACUAUCAGACACUCAUCGAUGCUGGACUGCCACAGAAGGUGGCAGAAAGUCUAGAUAAUAUCUUUCAGACAGGCUUGGUGGCAUAUGUUGACCUAGAUGAAAGAGCUAUUGAUGCACUACGGGAGUUCAAUGAGGAGGGAGCACUUACUGUACUACAGCAAUUUAAAGAGAGCGAUCUGUCACAUGUACAGAAUAAAAGUGCUUUCCUUUGUGGAGUCAUGAAGACGUACAGACAGAGAGAAAAACAAGGAAGCAAAGUACAAGAGUCCACUAAGGGCCCAGAUGAGGCAAAAAUUAAGGCUCUAUUGGAGCGGACGGGAUAUACUUUGGAUGUCACUACAGGGCAGCGAAAAUAUGGUGGCCCACCACCUGAGGAUGUCUUCAAGGGAUUGCAACCAGGGAUUGGAACUGAGGUGUUUGUCGGAAAAAUCCCCAGGGAUUUGUAUGAGGAUGAACUUGUGCCACUUUUCGAGUCUGCUGGUCCAAUCUGGGACCUCCGGUUAAUGAUGGACCCUCUAUCUGGUCAGAACAGAGGUUAUGCCUUCAUCACAUACUGCAAUAAGGAUGAUGCACAAAAGGCUGUAAAGCUUUGUGAUAACCAUGAGAUCCGCCCUGGGAAGUAUUUGGGAGUUUGUAUAUCGGUUGCAAAUAAUCGCUUGUUUGUUGGUUCAAUUCCAAAGAACAAGACAAGAGAAAGUAUAUUGGAAGACUUUGGCAAAGUAACAGAGGGUCUCCAAGAGGUGAUAUUAUACCAUCAACCAGAUGAUAAGAAGAAGAACCGUGGCUUCUGUUUCCUGGAGUAUGAAGACCACAAGUCUGCAGCUCAGGCUCGCCGGCGCCUAAUGAGUGGAAAAAUCAAGGUUUGGGGGAACCCAGUAACUGUUGAGUGGGCUGAUCCUGUUGCAGAGCCAGAUCCAGAGGUCAUGGCCAAGGUGAAGGUGCUGUUUGUCAGGAAGCUGGCCACAGCUGUGACUGAAGAGCUUCUGGAAAAGACCUUUUCUCAGUUUGGAAAGCUGGAGCGAGUAAAAAAACUGAAGGACUAUGCUUUUGUCCAUUUUGAAGAAAGAGAUGCUGCUGUGAAGGCUAUGGAUGAGAUGAAUGGGAAGGAGCUUGGAGGAGAGGAAAUUGAGAUUGUUCUGGCAAAGCCACCAGACAAGAAAAGGAAAGAGCGUCAAGCAGCACGGCAGACCACCAGGAAUGCAGGGUAUGACGAUUACUACUAUUACCCACCUCCGCGCAUGCCACCACCUGGCCGCGGUAGGGGUCGUGGUGGUCGAGGGGGCUAUGCAUAUCCACCAGAUUACUAUGGAUAUGAAGAUUACUAUGAUGACUACUAUGGCUACGACUAUCAUGACUACCGGGGUGGCUAUGAAGACCCUUACUAUGGUUACGAUGAUGUGUACAGCAUGAGGGGCCGUGGUAGUCGUCCUAGCAGGGGAGGACCCCCUCCACCUAGGGCCAGGGGAGCCCCACCGGCACGAGGCCGGGGUGGAUACGCCCAAAGAGGACCCCCCCUCGGUGGUCCAAGGGGUGGCCGAGGAGGGCGUGGAGCGCCUUUCCAGCCACAGAGGGGCCGUGGCCCUCGCGGAGCCAGGGGCAAUCGUGGUGGCAACGUCGGCGGAAAGAGGAAGGCAGAUGUGUUUAACCAGCCUGACUCCAAGCGCCGCCAGACCAACAACCAACAGAACUGGGGGUCCCAGCCCAUCGCCCAGCAGCCCCUGCAGCAAGGGGCCGACUAUUCCGGUAACUAUGGUUACAGUAAUGACACCAUGGAGUUUUCACAGGAUUCUUAUGGGCAACAGUGGAAGUAGAUGCACCAAAAGGUAUUUGGUAAAGUGAAAAAAAGAGGAGAAAACAACAAUAAAAGAAAAAAAACAGGAGAUUGGCCACAAUUUUUGAUUGACUUUUUAUUCUUCAUCCUUCAUGAAAAUAAAUCUGUAUAUGUCUCAAAGUGGACAGACCCCAGAAUUGGCUCAAGAUGAUUGGCUGGAAAGCCUUUUGGCUGAAGAAGUGAACGUAACCGUUGUGGUGAAUCAUUUCUUACUCCUACGGUUACAUUGGGACGUUUGUCUUAAAAAAAAAAAAAACACGCAAAAAACACUUUUACUGUUCUUUUUGUUUUAAAGCCAUCAACGAACAUUUACAAAAAAAGUGGACAUUCAUUCUCAAAAGUCUAAGAGGACAUUAAAUAAUAUUGCCUUGCAAAAAGUUUUUGUCAAUGCCCCUUUCCUCCCCUCUCCCUCUUGUACUCCCUUUAUUUGUGGUUUCUCAUAGUUGCUUAGGGACGUGCUUGUAAAUAAAUGCAUAUUAGAGCUUCAUACUUCAUUUUUUUGCAAUGGUGGAGAAAAGAAUCCACAGGAAGGAAGAAAAUCAAGUUUUGUAAUGUUUAAAGUGUAUGCAUAGCAUUUCUAGAGGUAGAUUGUGUUUUUUUUUAAACUGAUACCAUAACUUCCUAUGUUUUCUUUGAAUUUGCCCAGUAGUAGUUUGGUUUGGCUUACCUUAAGAGCCAUAGCAGUUUGUUCUCUGAUGUUCUUUGUAUUUAUAACUUUUACGUUUUGUUCCGUUUCAAUAAAACGCAGCUGAGCAUCA